AUGAUGAUCUUUAUUUGGUUGGUGUACAUUGUAACCCCAUCUGUCUGUCGUGACUUGAAAUCACCGCCCAAACGUUCACAUGAAAUUGAUCCUCACCAAAAUAGUAAAUUUUAUGCUAAAAAUGAAAGUUCCAUCACAUACAUCAGGGCGUCAAUUCCAAUGAAAAUCUUCCGAUGUAUGAAAAGGUACAAUAUUGUGAGAUGCAUGAAGCUGUUCUUGCUCCAGAGAAUGGAACGAAAUCUACCGAAAAAUCUUGGGAAUACCGGAAAUAUUACUGGUGACUUCCUCGAUCACAUCCUAAUGCGAGACUCUGACGAUAAAUUCGAUUUUGAGGCCAAUUAUACAAAUCUGCAUGAUCACGAAAUCGAUACCAGACUCAUAAAUACCAUUCAGCGAUUCUUUGCCAAUAGAGAAAUUAAGUUGCACUUCAUUCCGGGAAUGGUGGUAAAGGUGCGGCCAAGCAAAGAGAAUCAACUGGAAUUGUCACUGAAGAAAGCGGACACAUUCAUAAAUACAAAUUCCACAUUGGGACGCAAGAAACGACCACUUGAGUACAUUUUGAAUGUAGGAAUACCUGCCUUAAUGUUGCCAGUAAUCCUAAUGGGAUCAGUGCUACCCAUGGCCCUGCCGGCUUUUAAAAUGGCAACGAUACUUUCCGGAGUCGUUAACAAGGCAGCCCUUCUGGCGGCAAUUUUGUACUUUGCCAAAAACUAUUCCGAUCAUCAGAAAACAUCAGCUAUCUACAUGAGUACAAAUACAAUAGCAUAGUGAUCAAUUUCAUAAUAAUAUACAUAUUAAAAAGAAAUUUUUAAAGUUAAUCAAUAAAUUUGGAAAGAAUAAA